CUUACGCAAGCUCCAAGCUCUUCAACAAUGGAAACUACUUCUCUAUCCCACAACCUUCUUCACACCUCCACAUCUCUCAGAAGUCACUUCUCCUCUCCUCAAUCUCGGUUCCCGGCUAACUCAACCCUCAGAUUUCCGGUGGUAUCGCCGGCUGGAAUCACCGCGAAAUCACUCUCCAGAACUAACGAGAGUUCUCUCUCCGCCGUGAUCUCGAAGCUCGAGCGAGAGAGGAACGAGCUAAUCGACGACGCCGCUGCCGCCGACGGGGAACGUUGGAUGACGGCGGAGGAGAUUCGACGGCGGCACCGGAAGGCAGAGGAGGAGAAGAGGCUGAGGGACACGUGGCGGAAGGUCCACGGCGAAGACGAUUGGGUCGGGUUACUGGAUCCGAUGGAUCCGGUUCUCAGAUCCGAAUUGAUCCGUUACGGCGAAUUGGCUCAAGCUUGCUAUGACGCCUUCGAUUUCGAUCCUUUCUCCAGAUACUGUGGAAGCUGCAGAUUCACUCGCCACAAGUUCUUCGAAUCCCUAGGAAUGGCGGACUGCGGCUACACGGUGGCGCGUUACCUCUACGCGACCUCCAAUAUCAACCUCCCGAACUUCUUCAAACGAUCGCGGUGGCCGAAGGUGUGGAGCAAGAAUGCGAAUUGGAUGGGAUACGUCGCCGUCUCCGACGAUGAGACCUCCCGCAACCGCCUCGGUCGCCGCGACAUCGCCGUCGCGUGGAGAGGCACCGUCACGCGCCUCGAGUGGAUCGCGGAUCUCAUGGAUUACCUCAAGCCGGUCACCGGAAACAACCUCCGGUGCCCCGACCCGGGCGCCAAAGCCGAGUCCGGGUUCCUCGAUCUCUACACUGACAAAGACGAAGCCUGCAACUUCUCCAAAUUCUCGGCCCGCGAACAAAUCCUGACUGAGGUGAAGCGAAUGGUGGAGAUGCACGGAGACGGAAACGAGGAGAUGAGCAUAACGGUGACGGGUCACAGCCUGGGAGGAGCACUGGCGAUACUGAGCGCGUACGACAUAGCGGAGAUGGGACUGAACAGGACGCGAUCCGGCCGGGUGUUGCCGGUGACAGUGUUCACGUACGCAGGCCCUCGAGUGGGGAACGUGCGGUUCAAGGAGAGGAUGGAGGAAUUGGGGGUAAAGGUGCUGAGGGUGGUGAACGUACAUGACGUGGUUCCCAAGUCACCGGGGCUCUUCCUGAACGAGCGUGCACCACACGCGCUCAUGAAGAUGGCCGAGGGUCUUCCAUGGUGUUACUCCCACGUGGGCUGCGAGCUGGCCCUCGACCACCAGAACUCGCCAUUUCUCAAACCUUCUGUUGAUCCUUCCAAUGCUCAUAACUUGGAAGCUCUCUUGCAUCUCCUUGACGGAUAUCACGGGAAAGGGCAAAGGUUCGUGUUGGCGAGUGGAAGAGAUCCAGCACUGGUGAACAAAGCUUCGGACUUCUUGAAAGACCAUUUCAUGAUUCCACCGUUUUGGCGUCAAGACGCGAACAAGGGAAUGGUUAGGAACCACGAGGGGCGUUGGAUUCAGCCCGAACGCCUUCGAGUCGAAGAUCACCACCCUCCCGACAUCCAUCUCCACCUCUCCCAGCUCCGCCUUCUCGGCUCUUAGCCAUUUACUCCCUCCAUGAGAUCGAUGCUGUACCAUAAAAUCGGUUUCAACGGUGAAUCAGUCCGGUUCUCCUAUAUCAGAUGGCCAAAGGGAUGUCUCUUCUAGGGGACAUAACACUCCGAUGUUCGUGGUCUUAUGCCGCCGACGUUCUUGUACAUGGCAUGAUCGUAUCUACAUAUGUAAAAAGAGCUAAUCGAAGAGAAGAUGCCGAGCAAAGUGUCUCCUUCUCAUUUCAUACAAAUGUAUCGUUCCGUUUCUAGGUACGUGCAUGAGCAUGUAAUGCAAUGAAAUGCAUCUAUGAUGUUGAUCCCUCCUACCGCAUGAGGGAUUGCUCCUACUUGCUUUGUAAAUGCAUAAGAUCACAUAUGUGAUUUCGGGACUGAUGUGAAUCACAACAUUCCACGUCUUUUUCGAGAACAACGACCAACUGGGAUUUGUUUAAAUUAUAUGUUCAAGCACGAGACAGAGAGAGAGAGAGAGAGAGAAGGCUGAAUAUAGUGGGGGGGA